UUGUAACUUGUUGAUAUGAUUUUCUAUCUUUGCUUUGUUGUCAAACGCGGGUUACCAUAUGUAUGCACCGUAUGUACUAAUUAUCAGUCUUUGGUUGCUGACGUAAAACACACACCUCCUGACAUUUGGGGAUCCGAGCAAGAAACCCUCGUUCCAAACGGUGAUUAUUUUUAUUUCUUUUAUUCAUCAUAUCUUCCCAUCGCCAUCAUGGCUGCAGCAGCGCGAUAUACCUCGGAAAUGUACAACGAUAUACAGAAGCUGACCGACGUGAAAAGCGGAGUGAAGAACGAGUCACCUGUAUUUUAUGCCCUCGACGGCUUGAGCCAAAGCGAAAGAGACCGAUUUAUGAACUAUCGAACUGUCAGACCACCGAAAAAUAUCGAUCUUCUCGAGGGAGAUGACUCUGGUGUUACUAGUCAUAACCCAACAGCAAUGAAUAACUUUCCAAGUGAGCACUCGUUGUCUUCAAAAAUUAAAGAGGCCAAUGGAAUGGACCAUUCAAACUAUGCCAUUGAGCGGCACUUUCAAAGAUCAAUAUCAGCGUCUCCAGAGGUAAACGAAGAAUCUACGUAUACGGCGUCAAGUGUAAACGAAAGUAGCUUUUGUACAGAAAAUGUUUUACCUGAUAACCAGAAGACUAAUGAUUGUACCAGCACAAAAACAAUUGACUUGAAAAAAUGUAGAUACUCUAAGAAUGCGGCUAUAAUGGGUCUGCUCCGUAACAAUAUAAUACCCAUCGAAGCUUUGAUUUCGGACAAGGAAAGUGAUGACCAUUUCUACCCUGAGACAAUUAGUCCAAAAAUAGAGCCCUCGACUAGUAGCAGUAAUAAGGAGGAAGCAAUUGGAGGUGAAACUGGUAAAAGUGACUCCAAAGACUUGAAUGAGGAGACAAAAAAGAAUCCAAAUUACCCACAACUUGUGCCACACCCUGAAGAUCCAGACGUUUACGCCCAUCCUGUCCAAGCGCACGGUAUACUUGAGGAUUCUGAAAUUGAUUAUAAGCUACCACGCAAGGGUACAAAAAAUACCACGACUCCGAGGCAACAGUUGAUAAGAGAUACUCUGGACGAUUCAAAUUUUGAAUUCAAGUCAAAGAAUCGAGCAACAGCACCGAAAGCAACGUCUAACUUUAGUUUUCCAUCUAUGCUUGGCCGCAUCACUGACUCUUCGCUCGAUAACAGUCGAGUUAGUUCAGCUCAAGGCGAUACUUUUAAUCCGUUUGUCAUCGACAAUAGCGGUACGUUUUCAAUGAACGAUAACGAAUUUCCUAGUCUAGGAAAAUAAAACUAUUCCGGCCACCCCCCAUUCGUAACUCUACAAAUUAGGGAAGUAUAACGUGGUUACUUGUUUCUGGACAAGUUUUUCCAUUUUUGUUAAGCCAGUGUUUAAGUAUUUCGUGCCAUAAAACAUUCAGACGUGUUGUGAAAAACUAAUCAACACGUGGUGUUGAAUACACUGUUAUAUAGAGUUCGAAAUUUGCUACUUAAGAUUGAUAAUGUUACUAUCAUUAUUAUUGUUAUCACCAUCGUCAUCAUCGUCGUCAUCGUCAUCGUCAUCGUCAUUAAAUACCACAUACCCGAUAGCGUAAGUUGAGUGUAAGUGGGGUUCUCCUACUUUGUCACAACUACAUCUCCGUUCUAGUUUGAAUGAGGAAAUGAAUUGUUUUAAAAAACUAAGCUUAAUUGAUUUCAACCUAAUUUAUACUAUAACAAAAAUUUAUCUUUGUACUUAUGAAGAUCCCUAUUACUAUUCCAAUGACAAUAACGAAACUACGUGUUAAAGCUUCAAUGAUGUAAGGUUUUAUAAAUUUAUUAUCCAUUAACUGUGAUAAUUGUUAUCUAGUUUUACGCUUCCAUGUGAACAAAACACCGCAAGUAAUAAUUUAGAGUUUACGGUGCAAUAAUGAUCACGUAACAUUGAAGCUCUAUGAAUUGUAUUUCCAACAUACAAGACAACAAGGCGUCACAGUGAUCUAAAUAAUUAGAGAUAUAUUUCUUCGCAGAAGCUAACCGUUUGUUAUUUCCCGUCCGCAAGUUUGUCUUUUUUCACUUGUCAUUUUGGAGAGCUAUUUUCCACCAUUCAAAGUUAUUUCUGAGGCAUUUGAUUGAUAUUGCUUAGUCACAGGUGGUAAAAUUUUCUAUGAGAUACGAUUCAACCAUUCGAUUUUUUGCAAUAAAAGUUUCUGUAAUUUGUCAUUGAAAUUAACAGAUAACAUGUGACUUUUAUUGUAACUUUUUGUAUCUCUGGUAGUUGUCAGAAAAUAGAUAAUUUAUAGAAUUUGGUAUUCGAUAUACUACUUUCAUUGCGUAUUUGAUAGGCAUAUCGACUACGAUUUUUGGAAUUUAGAGAGUUUGAAAACAAUCGUUGUAAAUGAUUUUUGAUGCAAACUUGCGAAAUAUAAGUUCUAAAUAAAUAAAAGAAUAAAAUGCGGAAAAAGAUAUUAUAUAUAAUCUAUGAAGAGUAUCAUGUUUAGUAAGCGGACGCUAUUAAAUUUUCAAAAAUGAAUAAACAUCUGUUUGUUACUUUGUUAAGAUUGUUUGAGAAUUGUAUUUUCGAAAAUUUAAUUUCAAGGUCUAAAAACGCUUGAAUAAUAUUACAAGUAAACGAUUAUCUAAUAACGUGAUAAUGAGUUUUCCCAAGCAAUCAAGAAUUUAUUCAUACUUUAUGUGUUUUACACUUAUCCUCGGGUCUUUUUUAAUAAUCGAGAUUCUACUGUAUUUCGAAAUCAUUCGAACGAGUAUUCCAUAGUAUAAAAUAUAAUGCGAUUUCAGUUUUACGUAAUUCUUCGUGUCUACUGGAUAUAUUUCGAUCAAGAAAUAAGCGUACAGUAGUACGAGUUACUGUUUCACCGUUCUAGUGUUUCGUUAUCAACAAAUGAUUGUACUAUUGAUAUAUUUUUUCAAGUUCACGAGCUACCGCAUAAUUGUCGCAAUUCCGUCUACAUGUAUUGUAUUUCUAUCAAUUUCUCACAGUAGUCCUGUCACCAAUAUAUUAUAAUUAAAAUUUCAUGAACUACAUUGUUUUAACGCAUAUCUUUUUCGGACAAUGUUGUAAAAUAAGUGUUCAGGGUGAAUGUAAAGGAGAUACCUCCAAGUAGGAAUGUUGAAUCAUACGUAGUAUAGACGAAAGAGUAACUAUAGAUACAUAUAAUAUAUUUAUGUUACAUAUUUUAUAUUCGCGAUGUAAGAAGUAAUAGACUGUAAGUGAAAAUGGGUAAACUCGUCAGUGCCUGGCCUCCAUAUAUUCUCUGCGUUACGUCUACACGAGACUUAUCUACUUAUGUAUCAUAAAUAUUAUAAUAUCCUAACGGAAA